UAAUGCUCUAAAUUAGCAUCUAAACAUCCGAUGUGACAGGGACUUAAAAAUUUUUAGCCCCAUCCAAACAACCCCUAAAAUUUUUAAUCCAGAGACUAAUUUCAGUACAGAACUACAUGAUCCAAACAGACCUUAACAUUGUCACAGCAGGCACUUCACUAGUUUUACCAUCUCAUGCCCAUGCCAAAUAUAUGCAUGUAGAAAUAGCACAAGGCUAAACGAGCGUUGACUAAGUCAGAAAGCCCUAAUCUUCUCCCCCACUCCGGCAGUGCCACUCCGCCGGAUCGAUCUGGUUUAGGAGAUCUGUUUGAGUUCUAACCUCUCGUUUUUUUAGAUUCGACAUCCUGUUCUUGCCACUCCAGUACUAUUGCUGAAUUGCAGAAUGGAAUUCGCGAUUGACAACAUCUUCCGGCCUCUGCGGAACUUGUUCACGCGGACGGUGGGCUACAUCCGGGCGCUCGAGUCCGAGGCUAGAUGGCUGAAGAGCCAGCGCGACGAUGUGAUGAAAGAGGUGAGGUUAGCGGAGAGGCAGGGCAUGGAAGCGACCAACCAGGUGAGCCACUGGCUCGAAGCCGUUGCCUCGCUCUUGGUUCGUGCCAUCGGGAUCGUCGCGGAGUUCCCUAGAGGAGGGGCGGCGGCGGGGGGGCUUGGCCUGCGUGCAGCCUACCGGCUGAGCAAGCGCGCCGACGAGGCGCGCGCCGAAGCCGUGUCACUUGUAGAGCAAAGAUCCACCUUCCAGAAGGUGGCGGACGCGCCCGUGUUCGCCUGCACGGAGGUGCUCCCGACGGCGGCCCCGUCGAUCGGCCUGGACGCGCUCCUGGCGCGGGUCGCGAAUGCGUUCCAGGAGGGCGGCACCAGCGUGAUCGGCAUCUAUGGCGCGCCGGGCGUCGGGAAGACCACCCUGUUGCACCACUUCAACAACACCUUCCUCUCGGCGUCCGCGGCGUCCAUGGACAUACAUCUCGUCAUCUACGUGGAGGUCACGGAGCGCUACAGCGCGGGCGCCGUCCAGAAGGCCAUCGGCGGCCGACUAGGCCUCCGGUGGGAGGACGGGAAGAGCACCAAGGAGAAGGCGCUCGCCCUGUGCACGUAUCUCCACCGGUGGAACUUCGUGCUCCUCCUGGACGACGUGUGGGAGCCCCUCAACCUCGCGGAGCUCGGAGUCCCCGUGCCCGGCCGGCACGGCAAGAGCAAGGUGCUGCUGACGACGCGGCUCGAGCACGUGUGCGACCAGAUGGACGUGACGAGGAAGAUCAAGGUGGAGUGUUUGUCCGCGGCCGAUUCGUGGGAGCUGUUCAAGAACAAGGUGGGCAACGCGUUCGUCACCAGCAGGGAGAUCCAGCCGCUUGCCCAGGCGAUGGCGUCGCGGUGCGGCGGCCUGCCCCUCGGUCUCAUCACGGUUGCACGGGCCAUGGCUUGCAAAAGGGUAACGCGGGAGUGGGAACAUAGCAUGGCCGUGCUCAAUCUGGCGCCAUGGCAGCUCGACGGCGUCGAGGCCAACCUCCUCGUCAGCCUGAAGCGGAGCUAUGACAGCUUACGGGACGACAGCCUCAGGAUCUGCCUCCUGUAUUGCUCUUUGUUCUCGGGAGAGACGUCCAAGGAAUUACUUGUCGAGAGCUUCAUCGGAGAAGGAUUUGUGAGCGAUGUGUCUGCUGAUGACAUGGAUGAUCUCUACAACAAAGGCCACUACAUGCUUGGUAUCCUAGUGACCUCCUCUCUGCUGGAAGCAGCCGGUGACUACCAUGUCACCAUGCAUCCCAUGGUGCGAGCCAUGGCCUUGUGGGUGGUUGCAGAUUGCGGCAGGAUUGACAACAAGUGGCUAGUCCGAGCAGGUCUUGUGACAAGCGCCGCGCCACGGGCGGAUAAAUGGACAGGCGCUGAGAGGGUGUCACUGAUGCGGACUGGCAUCAACGAGCUGAAUGAUGCACCGACGUGCUCUGUUCUGAAAACGUUGCUGCUCCAGAGCAACCGGCUGCUGGGGAGGAUAUGCCACGACUUCUUCAGCUUCAUGCCUUGUCUCAGGUUGCUGGACCUAUCGGACACGCUGAUCACCGCAUUGCCCUCCGAGAUCAACCUCCUUGUCACCCUGCAGUACCUUCGUCUCAACAACACGACUAUCCGGUCCUUGCCCGCUGGAAUAGGAGCCCUGGUGAACUUGCGAUUCUUGUUGCUGUCCAAUGUGCCCGUCCAAACCAUUGCCGCCGGCGUGCUAAACCCGCUCACGGCGCUGCAGGUCCUGUGCAUGGACCACUGCUGGAGCAGUUGGAUGGACGUCGGAAGCUGUGAGCCUGAGUCCGGUGACUCAAGAAAACGAAGGCGGCACGACCUCCGGCAACGCGUCAACCUGCGCGAACUCGAGAGCCUGAAAAGCUUGCAGAUGCUUGACAUAUCCGUGCAAACGCUCCACUCUCUGGAGAAGCUCUCGCAGUCUCCUCAUCUCGCAGAGCACUUGCGGAAUUUGCAUGUCCAGGACUGCAGCGACUUGCCGAGCAUCCAGUUUUCGCCUUCCAGCCUCUGGAGGCACAUGAGCAGAUUGAAGGGCAUCAUCAUCAGUGGCUGCUGCAACCUGGAGAAUGUCAUUAUUACCGGAGGUGAAUACAAGGGCGAGCAACCAUGGUCACUUGAUCGGACUGUCAGCAUGAUGCGUUACAGGGUGCCCGAUAAGCCUUUGGACGUUGACAGCGUGUAUCGUCCACAGACUAGCCAGUCAUUGGACAUGGAUUGCCGCAAGCUGGUACCCCUGCUGCCUUCUCUCCAAAGUAUCAUCCUUCGCAAGCUCCCAAAGGCCAAGAUUGUUUGGCAGGGUGGCAGCCUGGAGUAUUUAUCCUCCUUGAGCAUUUCAUCCUGCAGUGUUCUUGAGCAUCUUAUAUCCUACGACACAGAAGGAUUGAGCCAUGGAUCGCCUGCGGAGACGGUCUUUCCAAGCCUCAAGGAGUUAGAGUUGCACGACUUGCCAAACAUGAGAAGCAUAGGCCCUGAAUCCAUAGCAGUGAAUUUCCCAAGCUUGGCGAGCCUCAAAGUAGUCAGAUGCAGCAGGCUUAAGAAGCUUAAUCUUGUGGCAGGAUGCCUGAAAGAACUCCAGUGUACACAGACAUGGUGGAACAAGCUAGUAUGGGAGGAUGAGAAUCUGAAAACGGUUUUCUUGUCUUCCGUGAAACCAUUAGCCUAACCUCCUUGAUGACAAUCCCUCACUUUAAUUUGACGCCGCUUGUAUUGGUGUUCCACGGCUACUGAUUGGUGGUUCAGUCUGGACUGAACGGAACAGUUUGUUUUCAUGCCAAUUUAUAGGUGGGAAAUGUGGCAUCAUUAAUACUGUAAUACCAGCUACCGCGAGGUUGAUAAGGUAGAUGGCAUUUAUUUUAGCACUGGGAAUUGCUAACAUGGUAAUACUGAGUAUUCAGCCUGUUAGAUCAAAUAGAUCCUAUAUGGACAUCAAUAGUUGCAUUCAUGAUUUUUAUACCACUGCUACUUUUGCUGUAUCAAACAACAAAUUUCUUUACUGAUGCAAACACAUAACACCAUUUGAUGUAACUUCGUGUUCUCGUGGAGUCUUAACUGAGAAUAUUGAUCUACAGUUCUAUAA